AUGGAUCAGGCUAUGAUAAAGGUGGUGAAAACCAUAGUUAAAACUGAUGUUCAUGAAGUUGAUAGGAUCAGUGAGCUUCCGGAUUCUCUACUUUGCCACAUCUUGUCAUUUCUUCCAACAAAAGACUCUGCUGCCACUUCCAUUUUGUCCACCAGAUGGAAGUGUCUUUUCGCUUUCGUCCCAGAUAUCGAUUUAAGUUACACUCACCACAAUCCCUUUGAUCAUCAGCUUUUGUUUGGUUUCAUCAACUUAUGCAGCAGAAUGAUUUUACUUCGAAAGGGGAUUUCAGUUCGAAAAUUUAAGUUGUUCCUUUGGGGGCCUUAUAGCAAAAGGUUGGAUGUGACACUAAAAUCAUUCAUAUCUGGUGCACUUUUGUGUCAAAUUCAAGAAUUCGACAUUCAGCUAUCCCAAAAGAACGGCGGUUGUAAAUUCGACUAUCCUCCUGAAAUUUUAUCAUGCCAAACCUUAGUCAUUCUAAAACUAAGCUGGGGAUUUCGGACGAAUUUGGGGCUCCCCAAGGCAGUUUGUUUACCUAAUCUGAAGGUGCUGCAUUUGAACGUUUGGCAUCUAAUGGAUGGAUGUUCUAUUCAGAGGCUUAUUAAAGGUUGUCCUCUGCUUGAAGAGCUACUCAUUCUUGUACGUCCUAGUAAUCAUGUUGAUAUUGGCGGAGAAAAGAAAGUUGAUGUUGUUGAUUUUUCGUGUCCUCAUAUGAAGAGAUUGAUAUUUGAAACCUUUGAAGAUGGUAAUAACGCAAAUUUCAUAGUUGCAUCAGAUUGUCUUGAAAGCCUGGAUUGUAGACUUGAUGGCAUUUGGAAAGUGAUUAUAAAUGCACCAAAUAUCAAAUGUUUACACAUCUAUGGACCUCUGCAUAGAUUGAACUUUGUUGGGAACCUGAAUAGUCUUAUUGCAAUCGAAAUAACGCUUGAAAGUUAUAGAAUACCGAGUGCUGAGGAUGUAAUCAAGUUUUUUCAUCAGGCUUUACAUGGUUCUUCACAUUUGUUGCCAACUUUCAAGAAUUUAAUACGUCUGGAGCUGAAGCGGCAUCAAACUUACGACAUUCAUGCUUUCGAAGCAUUGCCAUUAGUACUCGAAAAAACCCCAAAUCUUGAAGUUCUUGUUUUCGAUAAUGUCAUUUGGACCGAUGAAGAAGAUGAGGAAGAAAUUGAGUCUCCCCUCGGAGCUAUAUUCCCAAGUGUCUUGAUUGAGAAUCUGAAGGAGAUAGAUAUGAAAUAUUUUAUUAAUGUAGAAGAUGAUUUCAAGCUGAUUGAGCAUAUCCUGCAGAAUGCAAAAUCAUUGACGAAACUUACCAUUGGUGCAGUUCCUGAGCCUGCAGUUUGCACAAGAAUAAUGUCAUUCCGCAAAUGCUCUGAGGAAUGUCAAAUCGUGUUCGAUGAUCAGAAGUACAAAGAGUCCUGA